UUGUCCUUCGCUUGUGACUCUCUAAUCUCUAUCUAAUAUGCGAAUCACCACCUCAUCUCCAGCACAGCACUUGGUCAGAGAUCGUAGAUCACGAUCGGCUUCCCUGCGAAGCGCUCCCUCUUCUCAUCACUCUCGCAGCUUCUGGGAAAUAAGAUGCUUGUUGACACUUCGUGUUGAAAACAAUUAAAGAAGGGAUUAUUAUAAUCUUUAAUAACUAGAAUGGCGAUGGUUUCUUCGAUUGGGCUACUCUCUCCCGCGAACAAUUCGUAUAAAUUUUGGGAGGAUCCAUCGUUCAUUAAGUGGAGGAAGCGCGACUCGCACGUGCCACUGCGCUCGCACGAUUCACUUGAAGGAUCUCUUAGGUAUUGGUACGAACGUAGCAAUGUGAAUUUUCUCAAUUCCAAUGAUGCUGUAUGGAAUGACGAUGCUGUGGUUGGCGCUCUCGAGUGUGCCGCUUGCUGGGUCAAGGGCUUACCUUUCUUGCAAUCUUUAAGUGGGUCCUGGAAGUUCUUUUUGUCUUCUUCACCUGAAAAUGUUCCUGCAAACUUCUUUGAUGGUAACUUUGAUGAUUCAGCUUGGGAUACGCUACCAGUUCCAUCAAACUGGCAAAUGCAUGGUUUUGACCGUCCGAUUUACACGAAUGUAAUUUAUCCAUUUCCGUUGAAUCCGCCAUAUGUUCCUUCAGAGAAUCCCACUGGCUGUUAUAGGAAAAGUUUUCGCAUUCCAAGAGAAUGGAAAGGUCGCAGGAUCCUCUUGCAUUUUGAAGCUGUUGAUUCCGCAUUCCUUGCUUGGGUGAAUGGAGUUCAUAUUGGAUAUAGCCAAGACAGCAGGCUGCCAGCUGAGUUUGAAAUCACUGACUGCUGCCAUCCGUGUGACUCCGACAAGGAAAAUGUUCUUGCCGUUCAAGUGAUGAGAUGGAGUGACGGUUCCUAUUUAGAAGAUCAAGACCAUUGGUGGCUAUCUGGUAUUCACCGAGAUGUUAUCCUUCUUUCAAAGCCACAGGUCUUUAUAACCGAUUACUUCUUCAAAGCAAGCCUGGAUGAAAAGUUUCUUGUGGCUGAUGUCCAGGUUGAGGUGAAAAUUGAUGGGCCGAAGGACAGCCCAGAAGAUGUUUCAAGUAUUUUGAUAGAAGCUUCAUUGUAUGACAAUGAAGGAUGGCAUGAUUGUGCAACCAAUGAAGGCAAAGUUGACUUGACUUCUUUUAAUGUGGCAAACAUGGAGCUCAAGUCACCACCGGCUGGAAGUCUUGGCUUUCAUGGUUAUCAUCUUUCAGGGAAACUAGAAGGGCCGAAACUAUGGUCCAGCGAGCAUCCAAACUUAUACACUCUCGUCAUCCUCCUGAAAGAUGCAGCUGGAAAGUUACUCGACUGUGAAUCAUGCCAAGUAGGCAUAAGGCAAGUAUCACGAGUUCACAAGCAGAUGCUUGUUAAUGGGCUACCUGUUGUAAUACGAGGUGUCAAUAGGCACGAGCAUCAUCCACGUGUAGGGAAGACAAAUUUGGAAGCUUGCAUGAUUAAGGAUUUGGUCCUAAUGAAGCAAAACAAUAUAAAUGCUGUGAGAAACAGCCAUUACCCUCAACACCCAAGAUGGUAUGAGUUGUGCGACCUCUUUGGUGUCUACAUGAUAGAUGAAGCCAAUAUCGAGACACAUGGCUUCGAUCUUUCCAGCCGUUUCAAACAUCCUACACAAGAGCCAAUUUGGGCUAAUUCUAUGCUUGAUCGUGCUAUUGGCAUGGUGGAGAGAGACAAGAAUCAUGCUUGCAUUAUUGCAUGGUCCUUGGGAAAUGAGUCUGGAUAUGGGGCCAAUCAUUCUGCUAUGGCUGGGUGGAUACGAGGAAAGGAUUCAACGAGGAUUUUGCAUUAUGAAGGAGGUGGAUCGAGGACUUCGUCGACAGAUAUCAUUUGCCCGAUGUAUAUGCGCGUAUGGGACAUUCUGAAAAUUGCUAAAGAUCCAACUGAAGAUAGACCGCUUAUUUUGUGCGAAUAUUCACAUGCUAUGGGAAAUAGUAAUGGGAAUAUUCAUGAGUACUGGAAAGCUAUUGAUAACACUUUUGGACUUCAAGGAGGUUUCAUAUGGGAUUGGGUUGAUCAGGGAUUACUGAAGGAGGCAAAUGAUGGAACUAAACACUGGGCAUAUGGUGGUGACUUUGGUGAUAUGCCUAAUGACUUGAACUUUUGUUUAAAUGGUCUCACAUGGCCUGAUCGUACACCUCACCCAGCUAUGCAUGAAGUUAAAUAUUGUUAUCAGCCUCUGAAGACCUUUCUACUGGAAAACAUGGCUGUUAAGAUACAAAAUGCACAAUUCUUUGACUCAACCCGAGCAAUAGAGUUCAGCUGGGUUCUGCAAGGAGAUGGAUGCAGCGUUGGUUCAGGAAUACUCGACCUCCCUGCAAUUGCACCCCAAUGUAGUCAUCUUAUUGAAUUGCAGUCAUCACCUUGGUAUCCUCUGUGGGAAGCAUGUGCAGCAAAAGAAAUAUUUUUGAUGGUAACUGCGAAAUUGAAGUAUUCAACACGAUGGACAAAAGAUGGACAUGUUCUUGCUUCUACUCAACUUUGUUUACCUGCCAAGAAUGCUGUCACUCCCCAUGUAAUCAAUUUGGAUAAAGGCACCUUGCUUUCUGAGCGCGUUAGUGAGAGCUUAAUCAUUACAAAACAGAACAGUUGGCAGAUCAAAGUGAACACACGCACAGGAACAAUUGAUAGUUGGAAGGUUAAUGACAAUGUAGUUGUAACUCAGGGUGUAUUUCCCUGCUUCUGGCGUGCACCCACUGAUAACGACAAAGGAGGAGGUCCAAACAGUUACUUUUCCAAGUGGAAGGCCGCCUUUCUUGAUAAUAUAUCAUUUCAGACCAGCCACUUUUCUACGAAAGAACUCACAGACAAUACUAUUCAGAUCUCAACUGUAUAUUAUGGCUUACCAAAGGAUUUGCUGAAAUCUGACGAUUUUGAGAAAGUAUCUGAAGACUCAAAUUCCAUUUUAUUUAAAGUUGAUGUCUCCUACUUAAUAUAUGAAUCUGGUGAUGUGAUUUUGCACUACAAAGUUAGCCCUAAUAUUGACCUUCCUCCACUUCCACGUGUCGGUGUCGUAUUCCAUGUAGACAAAUCGCUAGAUUGCGUCAAAUGGUACGGAAAGGGACCAUUUGAAUGCUAUCCGGAUAGGAAAGAAUCUGCACAUGUUGGAAUAUACGAAAGCAGUGUAGAAGAUAUGCAUGUGCCUUACAUUGUUCCUGGGGAGUGUUCCGGCCGAGCAGAUGUCAGAUGGGUUGCUUUUCAAAACAAGGAUGGAGUUGGCCUAUUCGCUUCCACUUAUGAUGACUCCCCACCUAUGCAAAUGAGUGCAAGUUACUACAGCACUGAAGAGCUUGACAGGGCAACUCGUAACGAAGACUUAGUUAAAGGACAUGACAUCGAGGUGCAUCUUGACCACAAGCACAUGGGAAUUGGCGGAGACGAUAGUUGGUCACCGUCCGUGCACGAACAAUACCUGGUUCCUCCAGUUCCUUACUCCUUUUCCAUAAGAUUGUGUCCUAUCUCUCCGUCUAGCUCGUGCCAGGACAUUUAUCGAUCUCAGCUUCCUCGGUGAUAUUCUUAUGUGGUAAUGGGGAGUACGAGUUUUGAGAUCCUCUGUUGUCAUACCUGGUCAUUUGCUAGUCGUUUGCAAUGAAUAAUGGAAAUCAAGCAUUGCCAUAUGUAGUUAAUGCUUGUAGCAGUUUGAACGUGGAUUGUUCCACAAACAUUUGUAACAAAAUUCGGGGCAUUUCUGAUGGCUUUUUUUGGUAUUUCGUUGUGUAAGUUGAAUUUUCUUGUAUUUUGUAUUUAGUUUGUGAUCAACAUGAAUGCAGCAUGAAUAUUCUAUUUAUUUUAGCAA